CAAAUUUUUCCAUUAAGCAUUUCUCUUUCGAAAAUGAAUCAAAGAACACCACCCCUAACUAGGCCGCUGGCUGAUACCAGACCCGGGGUUUCAAUGUCCAACUGCUAAUUUAAGCUCAGUUUGAGUUCAAAAAUGCAGAUGUCAUUCACUUUCUGUGUCUCAAGGAUCUGAACCAUUCUGAAUCGUUCUUCGAACUCAGACCUCAUCACGAAUCGAACCAAAAAUGGCGGGUCCCAACCGGCAUUUGCUGCCUCUCCUCCUCCUUUCCAUUGCUGCUCUCUUCUUCUACUCCUACUACCACUCUACACUCCACGCCUUCACCCCUACUCCUAACCCUCAUUCUACUUUUCCCCUUCACACCUCCCACACCCCUCACCGAGACUUCACUUUCAUCAUCAAGGUUCUCGCCUACAACCGCCUCGACUCGCUGGCCCGCUGCCUCCGCUCCCUCGCCGCUGCAGAUUAUCUCUCCGAUCGGGUACACCUCCACGUCUAUAUCGACCACUUCGCAUUCGUCAAUGGCUCCACUGAUGUGGAUCGUAUGUUGGAGGAUUCGCAUCGAAUUUUGGAGUUCGCUGAUGGAUUCAGUUGGAAAUUUGGGGAGAAGCUCGUCCAUUAUCGGACCCAGAAUGCUGGACUUCAAGCCCAGUGGCUGGAGGCCUGGUGGCCUGAGUCCGAUGACGAAUUCGCCUUCGUCGUGGAGGAUGACUUAGAGGUAUCGCCGCUUUAUUACAAGUUUCUUAGGAGUUUGAUUGUGAAUUAUUAUUAUGGUGAUCCAGAUUUUCGUCCGUACAUCUAUGGAGCUUCACUGCAGAGACCAAGGUUUGUUCCAGGUAAACAUGGUAACAAAAUACAAUUGGAUAAUGGAACCAGAAUUUUUCUCUACCAAUUGGUAGGCACUUGGGGUCAGCUCCUCUUUCCAAAACCUUGGAAAGAGUUCAGGCUGUGGUAUGACAAACACAAAGCCAAGGGCAUUAAGCCAUUUCUUGAUGGAAUGGUAACAAAUGGGUGGUAUAAGAAGAUGGGGGAGAGAAUAUGGACUCCUUGGUUCAUUAAAUUCAUUCAUUCUCGUGGCUACUAUAAUUUUUACACUAAUUUUUUAAAUGAGAGAGCGCUGAGUGUCUCUCACAGAGAUGCAGGUGUCAACUAUGGUAAAACUGCUGGACCUGAUUCCAAUCUGUUGGAUGAAAACUCUCUUGAUUUCAACCUUCUGGAAAUGCAGCCAUUGAAAAACCUGAAAUGGUAUGAUUUCUGUUUCAGAGAAGUACUUCCUGAAAGGGUUGUUAGGAAUUUUGAUGAACUCGGGCCUGUUCUUCACACAGUGCAGAAACAGGGAACUGCAGUUAUUGUGAGCCUAUAUGGAGCAUCGGAGAUGGUCACAAGGAACCUGAUUUGCAACUUUGAGAAGUUAAAUAUUUGGAACUUCAUUUUCAUUGGCCACGAGUCAGAUUUCCUGCUUGACCUUGCUCGUAGAGGACAUCCUGUGAUCACCGGAGACCAUUUCUUGAGGAGCGUAACAACUUUUAAAAUGCCAGAUUCCCAAGAUUUCCAUUCAGAUAUGAUGACUUCCAUAUUGGUGAAAGCCUAUGUGAUAAUGAAGAACAUAGAAUUAGGAUACAAUUCCUUGCUCAUUGAGGGAAACAUGCUUCUACUUCAAGGUUAUCCUUAUUUUGAUCAAGAUAAUACCUACGACUUCUACAGUGGGAAGAUCUCAGGACUUCUCUUCAUUAGAAGCUCAACUUCUGCUCGUAAUAUUUGGGUCGACAAAUUUAUCUCAGAUGUUGCAAUGAUGUCGAAGUCUAUGCCAAAUAACCAAGAGAGCACAAGUUUUGCAGGUAUAAUAGAAAAAUUAUUGGAGCAAAAGAGUAAGAAGAUUAAGAGAGUUGACGAAACAAACAUUGGAGUUGAUAUUUCUUCCAAUAAUGAUAAAGUGGUUACUUUAGACAUUGAGAAAAAAUUUGUUCACUGGUCUGUGAAGAUGGAUUUAGAUUUACUUAAGAAACGGCUUGAAAAUUUUGGUGCAUGGAUGGUGGGCGAUGACUUUUCGUGCAAGGCUGUUGUGUGUCACCCGUCAUAGCAUCUGCUGGCGAAUACUAGGAAUAUUUAUUUGUGUUCCAUAGUUUCUUUUUCACUUUUACCUGUACAACUGCCUUAUAUUUUGAAGGCAUAAUCUUUUUUUGUCUAAGUUUGAGAUUGAUGCCAUAAAUUUUGUGUAGGCUGUAAUAGUUCGAUCGAGAUAUAGAUAUAAAGAGUUGUAUGAGAACAGAACAGAUAGUGAAACUGAAAUGCCACCACUAUGGAGUCCAACAAAUUCAAGAAAGAUAAAUUAUUUGUAUUUUAAA